UCAUUUUUUUUCGUCUUUUUCAUGCAUGAUGGAUAGGAAGACGGUUCUCUGUCUGCUCUGUUAUUUCAGUUUCAUGAUUGCAGGCUCAGUCAGGUGGCCUGUAGGGUCAUAUACUUUGGUUAAACCGGACACUGGUUGUCCAGAAGGCUGGUAUGAUGGAUGGCGAGAACAAGACACUGAGGAUGUUAGUAAUCAAAAUAGAUGGACCCGACGUAAUCAUUUCUAUGAUGCAGGUAGAUACUUUUCGGACUCCAGCUUGCGGUUCUACUAUUGUACCAAAACUCCCUAUAAUUAUUAUGGUCGCGGACACUGGCCUAAAGGGGACUACUGCAUUUUACGGCAAACUUACUACUGUCCAAAAGGUUUUCGAGAGGGAACCGUGCGCUGGGAUGACGAGGACUAUGUAAAUGGAAACGAUUAUAAAGAAUAUGUACCUGCUGGAACAUUUGACGAUGAUACUGAGAUAGAGUACUGCUGCAGAAAUGAUGGAUAUUAUGGGACAGCAAUAGAACUACCAACAGAACGGCCAUUUUAUUUGUUGAGAUUUAGAGGUUAUUGUCAGCUUGUCAAGGGAAUGUAUGUUAUAGAAGAGUAUGUCUAUUCUGAUGACGAGGAUUUCAACAACAAAAACAGGGUAUCUGGAGCUUAUCCAUCUGAUGCUGGAGGCAGCGACCAUAAAUUGUAUUACUGUUACUAUUACAAAAAAUAUUACUAGUACCCUGUGUAAAAUUGGUAUUCAUUGAUCUUUUUGUGUUAAUGAUGAGAUAUGUAUUGUACAUGUAUUCUAGAAAAUAUCAAUCUUCAUUUAAGUUUCUUUCAUGCAUGAAUUUCGCAGGUCCUUUUUUUCGAAUUUUAAAAGAAAAAAAAGACAUUUAGGGCAAACUGACCAUGGUUCGGACGGUUCUUGUUUUGCUUACAAGCAAUAAGCUGUUGUUCCGAGUGUCAGUGGUCUAGACUCUUACUAUCAACUGGGAAGUGUUUUGGAACAUUUCGGGUUUUAUCAAUUGUCAAUAUAUCACCAAAACACUAAAUACCUCUGUUCCAAAUAGAAGUUAAACUCAUUAAGCCAUUUUUACCAUGGUUCGAACGUAUCUGACCAAGGUUCGGGCAUGAUAAUACACAGUAAACAAAUGUUGUUCUUUUCUUUAAUAACAGAUAUGCAAUAUUUACAGGCUCGUAGUAGCGACCAGCGAGAGCCCCCCUUUUCUGAAACAUAACAUUUUUCUAUUGAAAUUUAAAAUCAUAGAUAUUUAUUGAAAGUCUGUCCCCUUCUUUUGUUGUAGCAUUGUUACAUCGUAGUGUUUGGUAAAUACAUUUCGGCAUUUGAUAAAAUUUAAACGUGAAAGAAAGUUUGACCCCCUUUGGAGUUUGGACCAUUUUCUAUGGGGUCGUUCGUUUGCUAGAUUUUUAAAAAUUUUCUUUUCUUGUCAAAGUUUUAAAAGAUAAGUUGUUAUAAUUUAUUAUUUUUUUUUAUUUCUCUCCCAAACCCUUCAAAAUCGAGAGUACGUGUCUGAUUUCUUUCAAAUACUACAUAUAGAGUCGCAUGACAAAAUAAGAAACAUCCAAUAAGAUUUUGAUAUCUUUCCCAUUCCUAAUAAAAAUUUGUUGGAUUUUUUAAAAUUAUUAUUUUAAACUAGCCCUCUUUUUCUUUAUCCAUCUUUCCUCUUUUUUGUGUUCUAGUUUGUCUUUAUAAGUAUCAAAUGAGGUAUGUUGACAAAAGUUUCGUCAUAUCUGGCCUGGGGGCCAUAAAACUGAGACGAGCUCACUU